AGGCGGAGCCGGCGGGGUGGAGGGAGCGGCGGCGGCGUUCCGUUACCGACGUUGGCUUCGCUCGGCGGUGGCCAGGCUUUUCUGGGGGAAAGGGGAGGUCAGCCAGCUGGUGCUGCCAACCUCGGUCGCCAUGGGGGCGCAGGACCGACCCCAGUGUCACUUCGACAUCGAGAUCAACCGGGAGCCGGUUGGUCGCAUUAUGUUUCAGCUCUUCUCAGACAUAUGUCCAAAAACAUGCAAAAAUUUCCUCUGCCUUUGCUCAGGGGAGAAGGGCCGUGGGAAAACCACUGGAAAGAAGUUAUGUUAUAAAGGCUCCACAUUCCACCGAGUGGUUAAAAACUUUAUGAUUCAGGGUGGGGACUUCAGCGAAGGUAAUGGCAAAGGUGGUGAAUCCAUUUACGGUGGCUAUUUUAAAGAUGAAAACUUUAUUCUCAAACACGAUAGAGCGUUCCUUUUGUCAAUGGCAAACCGCGGGAAGCACACCAAUGGCUCCCAGUUUUUCAUUACGACAAAACCCGCUCCACACCUGGAUGGGGUCCACGUGGUGUUCGGCCUGGUGAUCUCCGGCUUCGAGGUCAUCGAACAGAUUGAAAACCUGAAAACAGACGCUGCAAGUCGCCCUUACGCAGAUGUGCGCGUUAUCGACUGCGGGGUGCUGGCUACCAAGUCCGCAAAAGAUGCUAUUGAGAAAAAAAAGAAGAAAGCAACACCUUCAGAAGACUCAGCAUCUUCUUCCAGUUCCUCUUCCUCGUCCUCGUCCUCCUCAGACAGCGAGAUCGAACGGGGACGGAGCAGAAGACGGAAGCGGAAGAGGAGGCCAAAGGUCAAACAUUCCAAAAAGCGACGGAGGGAAGCCAGUAGCUCAGAGGAGCCGAGGAACAAACCUACGCUGAGCCCCAAGGGUCACUCUGAGAGAAGCGAUGCCAAUGAGAAAAGGUCCGUGGAGUCCAGUGUCAAGAGGGAAAAGCCUGUGGUCCGCCCGGAGGAGAUCCCCCCGGUGCCAGAGAACCGAUUCUUACUCCGAAGGGACAUGCCUGCGGUGGCUGCGGAGCCCGAGCCGAAGAUUCCCGACGCGCCUCCCGCCGCCGGCGAGGCCAAGCCGUCCGUGUCCAAGUCCGGGCGCAAGAUCCGAGGGCGGGGUACCAUUGUACGUGCGGGGGACCCCCCAGAGAGCUACUCCAGGAGCCGGAGCCGGGGCCGGGGCCGGGGCCGCUACCGCAGAGGGCGGAGCCGCAGCCGGAGCAGCUCCUACCGCAGCUACCAGAGCCGCAGGUGA